AAGGAUUGUGGGAAGGGUUUCUUUAAAUGGCGGAAUGACAACAAUGUGCUGAACUCAACUCAAAGGCGAGACAAAAUUUAUUAUUAAGCGUGACACUUUUCUUCAAGUCUCCUUGCUUUGUUAGAUACUCGAUCUUUCAUGGAAAUAGACAACAAUGGACGACCCAGAAGUUACGAUACAAGAGCAACUUUUCCAUAACGCUGUUCGAGAACACAUAAUUUCCUUACUGCUCUUAAUUUUAUUGUAUGUCAGCUCUUACAUUACCAUAUGCCAGUUUCGAAGGAAGGCUGACAAUGAAGAUAUGUAUGCAGGUGAAGAAGAUGCAGCUGUAUAUAGAAUAUCUCUCUGGCUCUGCACAUUCACUCUCUCCGUCUCAGCUGGAGCAGUGCUAUUGCUGCCAAUGUCAAUUGUCAGCAAUGAAGUCUUGCAUUUGUAUCCCAAGAGUUAUUAUGUUAAAUGGCUGAACACAUCUCUCAUUCAAGGUCUUUGGAAUCAGAUUUUCUUCUUCUCCAACCUUGCUUUAUUCAUCCUCAUGCCUUUUGCAUACUUCUUCACUGAAGCAGAGGGCUUCUCAGGCUCUAAAAAGGGCAUAAUGUCAAGAGUGCAUGAAACAGCUAUGGUCUUAUUUUUACUGGCAGUCGUGGUGUUUGGCAUUGCCUGGGUAGCCUCAGCUCUCAUCAAUGAGGAUCACUACAGCAAACAGCAACUAUUUGAUGUAUGGCAUAUCUAUCUUCCUUAUCUUUAUUCCUUCAUCUCAUUCAUAGGCGUCUUGCUUUUAUUAUCCUGCACCCCACUUGGUGUAUCCCGAAUGUUCACAGUCAUGGGGGAGCUUAUUGUCAAGCCAAAGUUUUUGCAUGAUAUUGAAGAGGAGCUGAACAUUGUGAGAUUAGAAGAAGAGAAUCUGAAGCGCAAAAUCCAGUGUAAAAAUUUAGCUCCUGGCCAGAUAGCAAAUGGUCAUGCCAACAUAGACCUCCUGUUAUUCCAGCUAGAGGAGAUGCAGUCCUGCCGCCAGCAACUAGAGAAACGACAGCAGGUCUCCUCAUGGCGGAAGAAUCUGGUCUACCCUGUUGUUAUGUUACUGCUUCUAGCCCUUACAGUAUUCUGCAUUUUAAACGUUGCUCAAAACACCAUUUUGCUUCUUAUUGGAAUAAAGGCUUUGCCCACUGGUGCCAAGGACACUGUCCUGGGCUUGUCAUCUCUGUCCACAAUUGGGCCAGUGGGAGCUGCCUUGGAAAUUGUCCUCAUUUUCUACUUGAUCAGCACGGCUGUGGUUGGAUUUUAUGGCCUGCCCUAUCUGUCUCAGCUUCAACCUAGUCUUGGUGACACAUCUAUGGGCAAAGUUAUGUUCAACUGUAGUGUGCUCCUUAUCCUCAGCUCUGCUCUUCCUGUUGUAUCCAAAAUGUUAGGUAUCACAAAUUUUGACCUCAUUGGGAACUUCGGCAGCAUGGACUGGCUAGGUCACUAUUAUCUCAUUCUCUUCAUCAACAUCGUCUUUGCAGCAGCAACCACAGGCUCCCUUGUCACCAAGUUCACAGCCACUGUGCGGCGUGAAAUUUACCUUCGAUUGAAGGCUGUUGUUUCUCAUGACAGUAAAGGACAGAUGGGAGAGAAAUACACAGCUGGCAGCCGACCACACACAGCUGUGAAAGAAGAGAAGGCAGAGUGAUCUGAUGCAUCUACAUCGCUUAUGUGCUUUGUUUUGUUUCUUUUUCUUUGUUCUUUUGUAAAUGCUUACAGGCUUGACAAUCUCUUAUUGUGUAGCAAUAUGGCAGGAGGGAGCAACAUUGCUGGCAGCUUAGCUGCUGGACUGUUUAGGCUAUUGCAUUUGCAUGUAAAUUGUUUGCAAGGAACAUUUUCAUGAGUCAUCCAGCAGCAAGUUGAUUUCACUUGUGCCAAAGACAAUUGUGAUUGCUUAACAAGACCAUUCUUAGACAUGCUUUCAUUUACUCAGACAUCUUUUGGGGGUAGCAGACAGUACAAAUCAGUAUUCACACCCUUUGUCAAAGGAUCCAUUUACAAGUUUAUAUUUUUUCCAAGGAGCAUAUUAGACUCAAAUACCUGUCCAUACUGACCAUGUUACUACAGCCAUUUUUGUCCACAGUGAUCAUGUUAUAAUCUGUUCAGUGCAUCGUGGUCAUCUAUGGGCUCUUUUUCUCUUAAAUAAGUGUCCAGAGAAGAUAGGGAUAACAGUUCUGACCAUUGAAGUGUUCCUUUGUGCAGUUAAAGUGAUCCCAAAUUAUCUGUGAUAUUUUUCAGAUUAAAAGAGAUUUGUUUCACCUUCAUCCGCUCAUUAAAAGGCUUAACUAGAGCAGCUGAAAACAUGAGACUGAACUUAAUGCAUGAGACUGAGCAGAAAAACAGUGUGUUUUGUGGUGUGUAAAGCUGAAGGACAGUGUGUGAUGUGUUUAGAGCUAAAGGACAAUGUUGUAUUAUAGUUUUGUCUAAACUGUUGCGUCUGGGGCUGGUAUGAGCCUAUGUCAGGCAUAUUUGCAAGUAGACUUUGAGUUAUUCUUGGAAACAUUUCUAUCAUGAUGACCUGGAAAAAUGUAUGAUGCUAUAUUAAUGCAGUCCCUAAAUAAAUUUGUGAAGAUAUGGGUAGUUUUGUUAAUACUUCCCAUAGUGUGAAAAACCUAUCUAACACAUUUAAAAAGUCAUUCUAAUCUUUUUCUUAUACUUGGUGCUUCCACUGGAGCAUAGGAGGAGAGGAAAAAAGCUGCCAUUCUUUGAGGUUACCAGAAUAACCAUUGACCUAUAGUGCCUCAAUUCUCACAUCCCUUGAAGGAUUUCUUUUUCAGUAAUGAUGUGGCAUUUUGAUUUGUGGCAGCUUGUAGUUUCCCAUUAAAUGCAUUUACUAGAAACCAUGAUGGUAAGAAUGAUGCAGAGCUCAAGCUACAGUCAGUAAAUUAAGGUAAUACGUUGUGCAAACAAAGUGAGGAUAACAUGGCUGUGCACAUUGAUGUGCACUUAUACAUCAGUGCAAGGGGAUGAAAAGGGUAUUUUUCACAUUAUUAAAGAGCAAAUGUAUUGUUUUCUCAACGAUAUUAAAUGGUGGUACUUACUAAAUAUAAUGGUAUCGGGGAUGCAUGUGUGUGUGCAAUAUGAACACUUUUAACAUCCUGUAUAAAAUAUAGAAGUUGUCAAUGUUCUUAAAGACUGAAAAAUUUGACCUCAUUGGUAACUUUGGUAGUAAGGUGUGAUCUUCUUUUAAAACAAAGUGUGUAUUUUUGUCUCUUCUCCUGAAGGUUUAGUUAUGUAGAUGGUUCUUUCACAGCUAUUGCCAUGAAAGUACUAUGUUUACAUAGGAUGAAAACACACAUUAUUGUGCAAUUCAACAAAAAUGGCUUCAAGCCAAACAGCACAUUGCUUGAAAUUUCAGUUUUAUCAAUGUUUAUUUAUUACUGAAGAAAACAAGCAUUACCCUUAAUGUUCUACAAAAUAUUCUGAAGCAGUGAUUUUGAAAAAGACUGCAGACUGGCAAAGCCUUGUAACCACAAGUAUCUAGUUUGUUUGGUUAUUUUGAGGUGUUCAGUGCAAUAGAAAGUAAAUAUGCAGUAUGCCUCUAUUGUAAUUUACUCUUAAGUAUAAUGCAAUGACUUGUGUUUGACAUUCUUGUCGAUGAAAAUCUGAAUGUACCGAUCCUUGCUUUGCGAAGAUCAACUUCAAAGCUGGCAGGAUGGGAGUGAGUGUAAACAACAAUGAUAAGAACACUGAAAGCUUACAGUUUUUAGACCAGCAUCCAUUAUUAUUAUGUUUGUGUGUUUCUCUUCUUAGUAAAGCGCUUUGAGCCCAACUUUAAUGGUGUGGAAAAGCACUAUAUAAAUCAACUUUAUUUUUAUUAAUGUCAUUUGAUUCUUGUAUUUUAGAUUGGAUUUUCAUGACCUAUUUGAAAUCUGUAUUUGUCUUUUAGAGCUACAGUUUUCUUUUAAGUCUGCAUUUUUUAGUAUAUGUUUCUGCCACACUGCCCCCUCCUUUCUGCAGUAGAUAGUGUGUACUCUUUUGUUAUUAAUCUGUUAGCCAGUUAUCAGCUUUUCUACUUGAAACUAAUAGAAGUUUUCUUCUGCUCUUAAUCCAAAUGAAGCCUAAUAUAGUUCUAUAGUUUAUAGGUUCUUCUCAUGCAUAUUGGUUCAAAAUGUCUGAAGUAUGAAGAACCAAGCACCUUGUUGGAAAAUUUCUACUUUUCAAGUCUCCCAGAAAGUUGCUAGUGGGCUCUGAGAGCUAACCACAUGACUACUGUAGAACUACUAUCUCAUUAUUUCCUGCCUCAAACAUUAUGUUUUUCUGAGCUUGUUUCUGGCCAACACAUUAAUGUAACAGAAGUGACAAGACAUUUGUUGCAUUCAUUUGAUUCUUUUUUGCAGAUGUUUAUUUUAAACUUUGUGGUAGCGUAAAUGAGUCAUGCAUAAUAUAAAGUUAUACCAAAUAAUUAACAUGAAAAGUAUACAUUUUGAAGUUUUGGCUGCAAGUUGUAUCAUUUACUUGAGGAAAAGAACUGAUUUGUAGUAAGUAAAAUUGAUGUGCAUGGACUUGCAGAGGAAUGUAAAUAUCAUGAAAGCAAACUUCAGCUUAUGCAAUCAAAGUAUCAAAAAAGAGGUGAAUAUGGUCGCAAAUGAUUUUCUGUAAAUCUUUUACAUGAUAAAUCUUCAGGGGUGCUAUAUGUCUUUAAAUUUGUCUCCACAAAGAUGCUUUUUUCAAUUUAUACACAUGACUUGUAAGCCUGUGAACAAGAGUGUCUGCAUGAAGCAAAGUACAAGAUAAAAUUGCUUAGCAUUUUCUUUGACUGCAUUUUGAAGAAACACUUUAUACUCCAUAACUAAAAUGGACUAUCAUGGAAGGUAGAAACAAGCUCAGUGUCAUUCACUAUAAAGGGUAGUAGACAUUGGAGAUAGAAACAGUGUAGAUUCCAUUUACUAGAAUAGACUUAUCAUUAAACAUCAAAACAGUACAUUCACCUGACAGCAUCAAAAACAGAAACAGAAUAGAUCAUAUUAACUAAAAUAGCACUGGGAUUCUACUAUGACCAAACCCCAGUAGAUUCAAAAGUAGCCUGGACUAAAUCUUAUUAAGAUCUGUGAUUUCUAGUCUGCACACUUGGCUAUAUGCAAUGGGUUCCUUAAUGAGAAUCUCUACAACAUGAUGUGCAGUGAGAUAUGUUCAUAUACUGAUUGAAUGUGUUGCAGGUUGUUUGGCAAAAUUCAUUUGUAUUUUUCACACUUUAUUUGGAAUUUUGGAGAAAAGGUGCCAGUUGCUUAGCCAGAGCCCCUCUCUAAUGUGUAAUGCAGGCAGUGGCCAUAGUGAUAUGUCUUUCCACACACAAGGGUGUCGGGUCACGCGUUAUUUGCAAGUUUGUCGUCUUUCCACAUAUCAGAAGGGAAAAGAGUGGUUUAUUCCUGAGACAUCAGAAUCUAUGGUAUAUUGUGCUUGUCUUUCUCUGGGAUGUCUCAAGUGAAGAUUGUUUUUGGGAGGGGCAGGUCUCUUUCAGGUGGUAACAAGAUUUUUGCGAAGAGAGUUGCUUAUUUCCUACUCAGACAUCCUAAACAGGGGUUUUAACUCAUUAUCCUUCUGCUUCCUUUUCAGGUGUCUCAGAAAUUUCAGAAAGAUUUGGUUUUCACUCCCUUCAAGAUGUGAGGUUGUGCUUUGGUAAGAAUUUUUAGAUCUUCUGGUUUUAAGAGUACGGAGACUUGGAGCUCUGAGGUGUAUUUAUAGGUGUAGAACACAGUGCAAAGGGGUUUUGGUUUAUGCUGAUGGGCAACUGAACUGCUACAAUUAUUCAGCCAUUGAUUACGAAGUUGAAUAAAAGGAAAACAUUGGAAAAACACAAUUUUGUUUCCUUGCCCAUCACUGCUUUUUUUUCUUCUUUUUUUUGUAAGAAACCUGAUUAAAUAGACACAUUGCUUUGUCAUUCUGGUUGAGUAUUGUCCCGUGAUGUUUUAGCACAUUCCACUUGUGUACAAGCUGUAAUGGGCAGGGCCAGUCAAACAGUCCUAAUAUAAAGUUUAUGAAUAGUGAAAACUGUUCAGACUGAUGCCAGUCUGGGGAGUUAUGCAUGUACUAUUUGUUGGGUUUGUGCUCACAUAAACAAGACAGUGAGUGUGUCAAGCAUAGUAACAUAAACUGUCAUUUGCUUUACAUUUUCUGCUAUUUGGUAAGUUGUUUACAUGUUCUUGUUUUGAUAACAGUCUUUUUUGAACUAAUUUUUGUGCAAAAUAUAAUUAUUUUUAAACCAUGUUUUAAGCAUAUAGGAGCUUACAAAACACAUUUUUCCAACCAGUCAUAACCACCGUCUUUAUUUUAAGGUUUACUUUUUCUUUUCUCUUUUUGUUGUUGUUUUUUUAAGAUUGUUUAGUUCUUUGUUUCUGUGGUGCAUGAAUGAAAAUGUCCAUAAUCCCAGAAUUAUGACAUUUUCUCACUCAGUUCUUCAUUUUGGGAACCUUCUGCAAUAGAACAUCAUGUUGUGUUGUCAGCAGUUGCCAUUUAAAGUCAUCAAAGAGCUUCAAAAAAAUUGUGUAUUUAACCUGAACAAGUUGUUGCAUGGUGUAACAAGCAAGGUUAUGAAAUGAGAGAGAACAUUUGCAUGCAGUCUGUAGUUUUCUUGUAUUUUAUGCAAUGAGUUAAACUUGAGCUGUUUGUGGAUUAACUUACAUUGAUUGUGUAAUUAAUUGAAUGUGUAUGCUGCCUGCCAUCCAACAUCUCUCUCCUGCCAAUGUUGAGGACUUACAAAUCCAUGCUUUAAAAAAAGCGCAUCUUUACUUUGUGUCAUCGUAGAUAGAACUUGAGAUGUUGCAUGCACCUCUUGCUUUUCUUAAUGAUGUGUGCAUCGUUUAUGGCUUGGUAUCCAAACACCCUGAUAUAUGCAGACUGCUUGGUCAGAUCCCCUAGGGUUUAGAGGAAUUAUUGGUAUACAUCAACCUUGCCUGGUGAGAGAUUUUUGCAAAGCAUACAUGUACAUAGUGAAAUGUAUGAAGCUUGUUUGAUUACCAAUGAGUCUCAUACCCUCCUACAACAGGGUUAUGAUCAGGUUGGCCUAGUUCACUGAGCCCAGCAACCAUCUAUAGUUAACAAGUGGCCUUUGAUCACUGCCUGUUGAUGCAAUGUUAGUAUUACACAGUAAAUAUCCAGGGUGCAUAUGUUCUGAAUUUUUUCCUCUUUGUUUUAGCAUGAUAAUGGUAGUUUGUGACUUUAAAAUGCUUCAGACUGUUUUUAUUUCCAAUGUGUAUCUGUCAGUGAGGGAUUUCAUGUGGCAUUUAGUUUUCUGUGUUUGUCAUGUUGCAGCCAGCACAGUGAAUAGGCUUAUUAGCUGAUUUGCACUACUUGUGAAAACUGUUUUGUUUUGACGGUAAGAGUAGGUGGGGUGGAUAUGAUGUUCAAAAGCCAAGAGUAAAGUUACAGUUCAUAGCAUAUUUUAAAAGAAGUUAAAAUUAAAGAUUAAACGUUUUCAACCUAUACAUUUUUCUUCUUUGGUAUUUGUUAACUGAAACUAUAGCAGAAAAAUUGGGCAGACAAGAAAAAAUGAUAAGUCGUAGACAAAAGAGAAACUAGUAAGAAGCAGACUAAAACAAACAUACAGAGAGCGAUUCAGUGCAAAAAGAAGCAAAAAGUGUUGCACUCGAGAUGGAGGUAUACUGGUUAUAAGAAUAACAGAGAAUGCACUGUGCUCAAGCUAUCUGUGUUUACACCCAUGCAUUUUGAUUGCAGUAGACUCACUGAUACAUGAUUUAGGACAGAAGUGUGCCCUGAUGGUUUUUGUGCAUCUUGAUAGUUGAGUGGCCUAGAGCUUCUAUUUCAACCAGUGCUCAGUGGAAAGGUGUGUUUGAAUCCAUGCAGGUUCCAUGACAGUAAAAAUUAAUUAGGUUACAUUUCCUGCAAAUUACAGUGUGCCCCAAUGGUCGAGUGGUCGGCAGAUUUCCAGACGAGCUCAUGCAAGCUUGAGGAGGAAGAAGAGGUUUCCUCUGCAAUAAGUGCACUACCCUGCAUCAUGGGUUACUGGCUGUAUGGAUCCAGAACACAUGCACCCUGAGUAUUUACUGUGUAAUCUUGGGGAGGAUGACAGGAUAAAAACUCCUACAACAAAUCAUGACUGGACAAAACUAGAAAAGCAUGUGUUUGCAACCAAAUACCCAUUGAAGGGUCUCAGCUAUGGUCUUGCUUAGAGAGAAGAUGGUCGCCAAGGACAUAGCAGAAAUUAUAUAUCGUACUGGAUUGGUCGAGGUCUGGAUUAAUAAUGACUACAUGCUCUACUGGCUAAGCUCCAGGGAGGGAACAGCAAAAAAUGCUUUCUGGCAUGUAAAGAAGCGAUGGAAGCCGUCGUCAUGAGUACAGCAUCUCCAUUUGCAUGUCUUUCAGGCUGCACAGUAUCACGCUCUGGCUUCCAGGUACAUUGAUGAAGUUGGGGAGUUCUACAAUCAGUUGCAAAAUAGCAUAAAGACAUCAUAGAAGAAGGACAUUCAAGUCGUACUUCGUGACAGGAACAGUUAGCUUUGCACCACGUGCCAGCGCAUGGGCAGAUACAGUAGGUACAUUUGAUCUAGGUACAACGGACAGGGCCCUAAGACUCCCUUCCAUCCUUAUAAGGAAUCAAUAAGGAAAAAAAGGGAUGGCGACAGCAAUAUCAGAUGAUUUGGUCUGUAACUAAACUGCUUUCAUCUUACUGCCAUGGCAUUCCAACUCUAGUAUCAUCAAAGCUAAAACUAAAUCACUUUCAAGCAUGGACAUAGUUAAAGCUUAAGGAGAAAUGUUACUCGAUCAAAUGCCGAGUUCACUUUAACUUGGAAAGGCUUCAAGACCCAAAUUGGAGGCUAAUUCACUGCCCUGAACAUGAUAAACUGUGAUGUAGAGACAAACACUGGAAACACCAAAGAAGUGUUGCUUUUAAUAGUCCAAGAGGUUCUAUGGAGGAGGAGGAGGAAUAUGAGAUAACCUGGGUAGCAAAUGAUCUAGAUUUCUGUCACCAAAGGAAAGUCUUGAAAAAAAGGAGAGUCAGCCCUGAAGAUGCUUCCAAGCUGGGACAUUAGCAGGGGACGAAAGAGAGAUGGAGUGGGGACCAAUGCUAAACCA